GAAAAACAUUAUCAAUUUGUCCAAUUUACAAUUUGUGUUUAGGUCAUUCGUUGUUGAAAGUUUCGAGUUGUAUCAGUCUUUGAAUAAUGCAACCAAUAUACCACUUAAAAGAACCACAAAUUGACAGGGAAGAGGACGUCAGGACAAUUAUACAGACGUUUCUUUUUCAGUUCUCGGAGAAGGCGUACGGUGGGCCUUCGUUCAAUCGCCCGGCUUGCUGUUUUGCGCCGCAUAUUUAUGGAGCCGGCAAAACAUUUCUAGGCCAAAACUUUUUGGCCUAUUUGAAUAUUUUUGCAGAGCGUGAGUGUUCCAAUGCACAGGCUUUUCAACAACUACACAGUUCAAACGAUAACCCCCAACCGAGUGCGUUGAAGGUGCCUUGGAAACACUUUGCGGAACAAACUUUGUCAGUUAUCUUAGAACUAAGAGAGAGCUUUUUUCGUGCUCCUUUUUCAAGUUUUCGAAAGGCUUUGAUGUAUAACAUAGCUCUGGCUACAGCCGAAUGUAAUGGUAUGACUGCCCGAGAAACUGUAGAAUUCACGGACGCAGCGAUGAAGCAACCUAGUGUUCUUUUUUUCCAGUAUCUUCUCGAACAAUUUCAGAAACGAUAUUUAUUUUUGAUGAUAGACGAACUUAGCCACCUGGGUGACCUCACCAAAUACUAUAGUGAACUUACCACGAAACAGUUUUUUGAGUCUGACCCAAAAUAUGUACCUUUCCGGAAUUUCUUCCGUAUUUUACGUAGUUUUUUGAUUACAGGGAAGGUAAUUGUCUAUGUGGCAGGUCGAACUGCUGAAAUCUCAGCCCCCCUGUCUGAUGCUCGCUCCAGUAGAGUGAGUCUCCGUAUGUUGCGGUUGAAUCUCUUUAACCUCCAUGAUAUUAACGAAUAUAUUGAGCUGGCAACUUAUGAUGGAAAGUCCUUGAAGGACUGUUUAUUGCCCUCUGAUGAUUUACGAUAUCGAUUCGUAGAAUUGUUGAAGAAGAAGACAGGGGGUAUUCCGUUGAUUGUAAGGAAUACUUUAUUAGCCGUAGUGGAGAAAGUUUCAAACUUAUCGCAACCUGUUAUCAACGAUGACAAUAUGGAACUUUUGUUAGAUAGUGUCUUUAGCUCUUUACUACUAGAGUCAGUAACGUUUAUUAUUCCAGAGAUACUAGAUUCCGCAACCCUUCUUCGAUAUCAAUUUGUCCUUUUGAAUUAUCAGCUUGGAACAGUUUUUCCAAUUGACUUUGUAAUUACUCUAUGUGGAACGAGAAGUUAUUUGAUGGACUUGGUUGCAACUUUUGGGUUUUACUUUGAAAUUUGUGAAACUGACGGGAUUUAUUUGGGCACUGAAUUCAAGAUUGGUUGUUGUGAAUUUAUAUUGAGAGCUCAUAGCAACUAUAACUUUUUCCUUGAGGCUACUGAACUCUUUCGUUUAUCUCCGUUUAGUUAUAUUUCCGACAUUUCAACAGCAAAGGGAGUCUUCUUUGAAUUUGUAUUUAUGAAGAUCUUUCGUUUUCGCUUAUUAACUUUUCUUCAUUCUAGUUCCUCGCAGAUUGUGCAUUCUGCUAUUCCAGGAAUUUUCGAGGGUUCUUUUAUUGAACAGGACAAUGUUUCUUUUUCUAUGGAAUCAACAAAAUCUAAUGAUAUACCCAUCUUGAGAAAUGUCUCUGAUUCAUUUUCUGACCAUUAUAGAAAAUAUUUACAACGUUGUGGUAUUUUUGUUCCAAAAGAUGGCAAUUCUAGUGGCGCUGAUGCAUAUGUUGUAUUCCAUAAUGGUAAAACACGUUAUGUUGUUGGAUUUUCAUUUAAAUUUUAUCACAAAAGUGAAUUUUCGAAAAGAAAUAUUGAGAAGGAAGCAGAACAAUUUUUUAAGGGAGUUGUUUCCGUUUUGAAUGACGAAUCUUUUUCAUCUGUUCAACUUUGUUUUCAGUUUGUGGUAGUUUGUGCUAGUUAUGGUCGAUCUGUAGGUUUCUCUGUUGAAGAACAUAAUAUUGUUGAAGAUGCAAGUUAUUUGGUUACUGAACAUUCUUCGAGGUCAACUUUAAAUGAAAGUAGUCGAUCACGUCUACAAUUGGUAAUUGUUUCCCAAAGGAACCUUGAACGAUUUUUUGGAAGAGAAAAUUUCGAAAUUUUGAGGAAAAUUGGCAAGGCAAGCCCAGAAGAAUUCAGUAAAUACUUUUCAGUAUGGUGUAAAACUGUCUUUGAAUCGAUGUCCAUUGAAUAUGUUUCAUCUUUGGAAGCUGAGCAAUCAAAUGUUAUUUCAAGAGUGGCUCAACAUAUGGGACGGAGAAUAAAUGAGGAGAAUAGGAUGCAAAUGGAAGGUUUUCAAAGUGCUAUGCAAGUGGAAGAAGAAAAGACACGAGGCAAACAAAAAGCUGCAGCAUCCAGUUCUUUGUCUUCGUCAUUUGAUUGGAAUACUUUCCUAAGAGAAUAUUGUGGGUUCACGGAAGCUUCGUUUAUUGAGCGCUAUGCACGUCAACUGCGUGUGUUUAGUCCAAAAACCUUUCCAUAUUUGGACGACUCUACUUUAUUAACCUUUGGUAUAGCUCUACAGGACAUUCCAUUGAUAGUUGACGGAAUACAUGAGUUUCUUGAGCAACAAUCGAUGAACGUGGAUCUUGUUGAAAGAUAAACUUUUUCAAGGCUGGGUUAUUGUGUUUCUAAAAUUGUAUUCAGAAUAUUCAGUGUUUUAUAAUUACAUAGCACCUAGUGCUACCUCUUGUUUCUGCUAUUUACUGUUUGGUCAUAGCCAACUUAAUACACCUCUGUCGAUAAGUACUACAAUUGUUUUU